AAGGGCGGGGCCAUCGUGCCCGCUGUCUGUAAAACUGAACAACUCAACUUUACGAUCACAACAAACUUUCUCAGUGAACUUCGUGUGGUAUCGUUACAGGAUGCACCAGAGACAUCUCAGUGUGUCUCGAAAUGAGGCACUAGAGGCCUGGGUCCAAAUGUAAUGGCCACAUUUAGGACAAGAUGGUUUCUGUCCAUCUUGCUGGUCAUCCUGCCAAAUUCUUGCGUUGCAUCAGGUCCUCCUACUCCCCCCUCUAACCUUGACUGUUAUAUUCCAUGUAAUGGUGGUAGCUGUGGGGUAGAUAUCCACUGCACUUGGGAUUCUACGUCAGACCCUCAGUUCCCCACUGACUACAUCCUGCACUGGGAGUCGAAAGAUAUCGAUGAGGAUCCAGUGACUAAAGGGACCAGUUUGAAUCGGAUGAUUGAACGUGAACGUUAUCCCAGCCACAGUGAUCUUUAUAUUUGGGUGCAAGCUAAGAACCAGUAUGGCUCUGUCAACUCUAACAAGACUGUCUUCAACACGGGGAAUAUCAAUAAGCCAUCCCCUCCUAAGAUCAAUAAGAUCGAUGGUAGCAACCUGAUCGAGGAGGAGUCAUUGGAGAUUUCAUGGAGUUUCCAUCGUGAUCCGCUGUCCUGUACGCAGAAGUGUGAUGUCCAACAUCGGACUGAAGAUGACCCAGCCUGGAUUAAGACUCCUGUUCAUUACAUGAAUUCCUUUCCAUUGGACAAUCCCCAGCCUUGCAAAGUCUAUGAAUUUCAGGUUAGAUGUGGCUGUAACACAGGCUUGAUGAGUGACUGGACUGCAAUCCAAACAGUGAACUUGACGUCAGCCCCUAUCGGAGAGUUGGAUCUAUGGAUGGACUGUGGGUUCCCCACAACCACUGACUGUUUUCUGACCUGGAAGCGGCUUCCUUUCUCUCAGGCUUGUGGUUACAUUCUUGGAUAUGAGGUCACACUGUUCGGCAAUAAUGGCCCAGUAUCAGUAAAUGUGUCCACAACUGAGCCAGGGGACCAGUUGGUGUGUGAUGAUAUGAAAUGUUAUCUCAGUUACUCUCUUAAGGAUAUAUUGUCAGCACGGGUGUCAGCCUACAAUGCUCAUGGUGCCACAAGACCUUCUCAUCUAACCAUCCCAACACAAGGUAAACAGGAAAAUGCGCAAAAUAUUCACCUCGAUAUGAAUGAAGACAACCUCACUGUGUCCUGGAAUCAGUCCCCCCAGCUCUUUGCCAACCCCUCUUUCAAGGAAUAUGUGGUACAAUACAAACAAGUAGGAAGUCCUCUAUGCCAAGAAUUUGAUUGGGUCAAAGUGGGGAAAGACCAUACAAUGGGAAUUUUAAAAGGUCAGUUUAAAAAGUACACACCCUACCAAGUUACACUGUUCACAGUAUCAGAUGGCAAGGAACGCCAUCACCAGUCAUCGGUUAUUGGAUACUCUCUUCAAGGAACCCCUUCCAUUGUGGCUCCAUUUAAAGUGGUUUCCAUUUCUGCCACUGAUGUGACGCUGUCUUGGGAGCCUGAGCCAUUGUCUAAACAGAAAGGGGUGAUCCUUUACUACCAAAUAGGAUUAGUAAAUAAAAAAGGUGUAUACAAGAUCCCGUCCCAGCAACACAAGAGUCAGACUUUUACUCUGCAGGGUCUCAGUCCAGACACGGAGUAUGUUGUCUGGAUAAAUGCUGUGACUCAGGCCGGACCUGGAGACAAUGCCACUGUAAAGUUCCAGACACACCACCAAGAAGAUUAUGAUAUAGCAUCACAUUCGAUCAUAAUCAUAGUCCUGACUGUAUUUGCUCUGGUUUUACUAUUUUGUUGUGUAUGUAACAGAGCAAAAAGCAAAGCAUGUAGAAUGGUCUAUGAGAAAGUGCCAGAUCCCCACAAUAGCCGCAUCUUCAAACAGAUGAAGUACCAGAUUAAUGACCCCUUGGCUUGGUCUUGCAUUUCCAUCAAUGAGCCACAUCCUAAGAUCUCUCAGUUGGAGAUAGUAGAAAUCCAGCCCAGUGCUUUGGAGUCCUCUGUGGAGACAACCUCCCACCCUGAUGGAUUAACUAGGCCAGCAGUGGGAGACGGAAGCACACAAAUCGACUGCCAAGACAAUCAGAGGGAGGAUGCUGUUACAGAGGAGUGUGACAGGAUAGAAGGCAGAUAUAGAAGAGAAGAGUACAGCAAAAUGGUUGAUUCCGACGAGGAGAGGGAUGGGGAGGAGGACCGGGGUGAUUCUUGGAGCUCAUCAGAGGAAGAACAGUUCACGUCAGGUUACGAAAAACACUUUAUGCCCACUCCUCUGGAUGUACUGGAAGUUUGAUUGACAUUAAUGUUAUAUGUGUGUUGUACUUUUUUGUACAAAAAAGUGUGCAGAAACAAGUGUCAUGUGACUGGACUGCUUCUCUCUGUGGGACAGAUUCAGGUCUACUAAAGCUAAUGGCAGCCAACCAGUCCCCCUCUCUACUCAGGUUUCUACUGUAUGUGUCUGUUUUGUUACAUUUGAUUAGUGUUGGUGUUUUUAGUUUGUUUCAGGAAAUGUUUGUUAUGGACGGAUUAAUAGCACAUACUUGUACACAUGCUCUCAGGAAAUCAGAAAAUAUAAAAUUCUGUGUGGAGUAUACAAUUUAGAAGGAACAUCUACCUUAAAAUCCACAUUCCCAAAGCUGGGAAACCAGACCAUAAUGCAUUUUGUCGGCAAUGUCAUCAAUUAACACUGAAUUAAUACUUAAUCCUGGGACUGGAGAUUUCUUAUUUGAGUUAUUAACUC